AAUCGAAGAGUAUGGUAUACGCUGUCCAGAGCCCAAGCGGACAGCACGAAAAGCGGCAGAAUGAAUCUCAUAAUGAUUCUUUCGAUGCUUUUGCUGGCUGUGGAAGGUGGGCGGGACAUGAGCCCCAAUCUGACGUCCUGGCAUCAUCACCGGAGGCAGAAACGCUUCCUGAUCUACCAAAAUGGAGGAGUUGUCAAGCUGGUCACUGGAUGCGCCUUUCCGGUUCCGUUUCAAGAGAAGAAGGCCUGGCGCCAGCUGGUCUGGCUGAUGAAUUUCCAUUAUCAAUUCAAUGAGCCGCAGACACCAAUUUAUUGGUGGAAUCUUUGGAGCAGUGCUCGUGACCUAAAAGGUGCUAAUCCUCCUGCCGCUCCGCCUACCGUGGAUGAGCCGCAGAUUCUGCUGUUCAAGUUUGCCGAGAACUAUAUGUCGCAGAUUGGGCAGAAUGGAACGGCUUGUCUGGAGCGUCUGAUCUGCGAGAAUGCACAAGUACACGAGCACAGUGGCCUCUAUGCCCAGCUGUUGCACAGACUGCUGAGACCCCAUCGAACGCUGGACGAACGAUAUCUGGAUGCCUAUAGAAUGGGACGACACGGAGUGAAUUGUCGCCGAGCAUAUCCGCAGGCGUCGCACUGUCUCCUUGACGACUAUAUCCACCUGCAUGAGCGGGGCCCAACGCAGAGUUUUGUUUAAGCUUAGAGUAAGAGUUUGUAGGCGCU